AUGAAAUUCGAUACUUUUCUUGAAACAGUUGGCGAUUGGGGUAGAUUUCAAAAAGUAAAAUAUACUAUUAUUUGUUUGACAUAUAUGUUACCACCAAUAAUGGUAUAUAGUUAUACAUUUACAGCAGCUACACCAAAUGUUCGAUGUCAAAAUCCUGAAUUAAUGUCAAAUGAUAGCUACGAUGUUUCAUUCAAUAAAUUAUUUGGUUCGAAAUAUAAACCAACAAAAGACCAAUGUUUUAAUCAAAAGCGUGGUAUAUCACUGACAGAAUGUCAACGUUGUUACAUGCAAUCAGUAUUAGAAUUUCAUGAAAACAGUAGUCAAGCUGAUAAACAAUUAAAAUCAUGUAAUAAAUAUGUUUUUGACAAAAUACAUUAUGAUAAAACAUUAGUUGAAGAAUGGUAUAUGGUUUGUGAUCGUGUGGAUUAUCGUUCAGUAAUACAAGGAUUUUAUUUUGGUGGUUAUAUGGUUGGUUCUGUAUUUUUUGGCAUGUUAGCUGACAAAUAUGGUCGUCGUCCUAUAAUGAGUGUUAGUUUUAUUCUAAUGAGCUUUUCAGGAUUUUUAUGUGCAUUUGGUCCUCAACCUGUAUUAGGAUUUUGGUCAUCGUAUAUUAUAUUUACAGCAGCUCGUUUUUUACUUGCAUGUUCAACACGAGGAAUAUCUGUAUCUGGUUUUGUACUUGGUUCAGAAAUAGUUGGACCAAGUAAACGUUUAUUAGUUGGAAUUGUAAUUGAAUAUUUUUUUGCAUUUGGUGAAUUAUUUCUCUUAUUUUUUGCAUAUUUUAUUCGAUCAUGGAGAGCAUUAACAUGGACUAUUGCAUUAUAUACUGUACCAUUUGUGUUCUUUUAUUUUAUUUUACCUGAAAGUCCCCGAUGGCUUGUUAGUAAAGGACGCUUUGAUGAUGCUGAAAAAGUUUUACGUCAUAUUGCAAAUCAAAAUAAACGAGAUUUUGAUCAAAAUGCUUUUCAACAAAUGAAAGAAGAACAAGAAAAAAAUAUGUCUCAUAAGCAACAUCAAGCAGGUAUUAGAAGUUUAUUUAAAACAAGAAUUAUGACCGUUAUUAGUGUUAAUCUUUUUAUUCAAUGGCUUGUUCAAAAUCUUGUAUUUUAUGGGGUGUCACAAAAUACAGGUGCAUGGGAAUUAAAUCCAUAUUUAUCAUUUGGUCUAAGUGCCAUAGUUGAAUUAUUGGCUUAUAUAGUCGUUCAAUUAAUACUCGAUCGUACUGGUCGUAAAAUACCUUAUGUUUUAUUCGCAACUCUAUUUGCUUUGGUUGCACUUCUUGUUUUACCUAUACAAAAAUUUAUGACACAAAAUAGCACUGCUCAAGUUACAUUAUUGAAUAUAAUCAAUGGUACAUUAAAAUUUCUUGCAUCCGGAUCUUAUGCUAUUAUAUAUAUUUAUGCUAACGAACUUUUUCCAACUGAUGUUAGAAAUACAGGCAUGGGAAUUUGUUCUAUGAUUGCACGUAUUGGUGCCAUUAUUGGUACAUAUUGUAAUAAUUCUUUAACACGUAUCUGGAUUCAUUUACCUGUAUUACUCUAUGGCAUUGCUUCUCUUGUAGCUGCAAUAUUAGCAUUGAUGUUUCCGGAAACCUUAAAUAAACCAUUACCACAAACUGUUGCUGACGUUGAACGAAUGGGAUUAAUAUGUUUUCGAAGUACCAACCCUCAAACUAUAGUUAUUGUAGAUCCAACAUUACCAGAAAACAAGGAAGAAAAUAUAUCGAAAAAAGAUUUACACCAACGUGAUAUUGAAGAUAGUAAAUUAUAG